AUGUCAGGAAACAACCAACGUCUUAAUAUCUUUCCUACGCGAAUGGCGCUCACUAACAUGAAGCUCAAAUUAAAAGGAGCUCAAACAGGUCAUUCACUUUUGAAGCGUAAAUCAGAAGCCUUGACAAAGCGUUUCAGAGGUAUUACAGUCAAGAUUGACGAGCUUAAACGCAAGAUGGGCCAAGUUAUGCAACUUGCUUCUUUUUCCCUCGCUGAAGUACAAUACAUUACAGGUGAUAUCAGUUACCAAAUUCAAGAAGCAUCCAAGAAUGCUCAACUACGCGUUAGAGCCAAGCAAGAAAAUGUCUCUGGUGUCAUGCUUCCUGCUUUUGAAAUGUAUAAUGAAGGAGGCAAUGCUUUUGAAUUCACUGGUCUUGGUCGUGGUGGUCAACAAAUCCAAAGAGCCAAAGAAGUUUAUACCAAAGCUGUUGAGACUCUAGUAGAACUUGCUAGUUUGCAGACUGCUUUUGUUAUUUUGGACGAAGUUAUCAAGGCAACAAAUCGCCGUGUGAAUGCUAUUGAGCAUGUCAUCAUUCCUCGUUAUGAAAACACAAUUAAAUACAUCAUUUCUGAAUUGGAUGAACAAGACAGAGAAGAAUUCUUUAGGUAA